AUGGCCUCUCUCGUUGCUUCGCCUAGGCCACCCCGGAUCAGCCAUGAUGUACGACUGAACAACGGCAUCCCAGAUGCACGAAACCUCGGUUUUGGGCGGGACUUAUCGAGCCACCGGCAUUCCAACACUUGCCAUAGCUCAUCGGAUGCAAUUGACGGUCCUAGAAAUGGAAAACUACAGAGUUUAUCUAGUGAAGAUCUCGAGCCUCCAUCUUACAAGAAGCCGAAGUUGGAGCACAUGAAACCUGACUCUAUCGCUGAGCAUCCCCCGGAGCUAGAGAAAAUAUUCGCAAAGCUUGCGCCCGAAGUACUGCCAAAAACCUCAGAGACAGACUCAUCAUCUGGCCCAUCACAGAUUUCGAUGGCAGAUGAGACGCAUCAUUCUGUGAGUUCCGAAGUGAAUCAAUACGGCCAUAGUGACAAGAAUGUGGAACUUGCUCGACUACAGCAGCAGCUUCUUGCUGCAAACUCCAAGAUCGCUCUUCAGGAGCAAGAACUUGCCCAGACACGGGUAAUCAAACAUACCUUAGACCAGGCUCUUGGUCCACCGUCCGAGGCAGAUUUUGGUGGUCGUGAGAUCACGGAACAAACAAUCAGUCACUUACAAAAUGCUUUCAAUGCUUCAAAUCCGGCAUUUGGUCAGUUACAGGACGCAUGGAACUCGCAAGAGGACUCCCAGUCGGACAUUUCUGAUGCAUUAUCUGCGGGGGGCUUCAAUCGUGCUCGGGGAUCAUGGAAUCCGCAUGGUCAGAUCUCAUUUGGAGUCGCGACCAACGAUGCUACUUUCGACAGAUCCUACGGCGAGGCCUUCUUGGGCUCCAGCCAUGCUGCCCAGGAGUCAAAUCGUUUUUGGGGUGGACUAGCUGCAUUUCCUGCAUUUACAUCCCACGGGGCGAUGCAGUCACAGAGGGUCAUGUCAGGCCCUUCUCACGGUCCAUAUGGCUUCUAUUUCAGACCACCAAGUGAGCAGCCUCGAUACGUUCAAACCCCAAACUCCAGACAAAGUCGUCCAAUUCCCCAGACAGGCCGAGCGAACUCAUUUUUGCCAACUCCGAAUACUUCUUGGGCCGGGAUUGUUCCAGGAUCUACUAUAGAACCUCCCCCAAAAUCACCCUCGUCACCUAUUGCAGGACUAUCCAGCCCCUUCCAGUCCAUGGGGCCCUACCCAAUUCUGCCUUACCACGCCCGAUCAAUGUCGACUGCUCUUUCUCCGACUGCUACCGAGUUCACCGCGGUGAACGCGGAUGGAGGAACCCCGUGGACGACUUCUCCUCCAAGUGGAAACUCUAUACAAACCUACAUUUCACCCCUUGAACCCCUCAAUUAUCGCCGUCUUCUGGACAAAAACGUUUCGUGCGACUGGAAAUACAUAAUGGACAAAAUCGUUUGCAACAACGAUCAACAAGCAUCCAUUUUCCUACAACAGAAACUCAAAGUCGGCUCAACGGAACAAAAGUACGAGAUCAUCGAAGCGAUCGUCAGUCAAGCCUACCCUCUGAUGGUGAACCGGUUCGGGAACUUCCUGGUCCAGCGAUGCUUUGAGCAUGGAACUCCCGAGCAGAUUGUCGCCAUUGCCAAUGCAAUCAGAGGCAACACUCUCAGCCUGAGUAUGGACCCGUUUGGCUGUCAUGUAAUUCAAAAGGCGUUUGACUGCGUUCCUGAGGAACACAAGGCUGUCAUGGUACGUGAACUUCUUCGCCGAAUUCCAGAGACGGUAAUUCAUCGAUAUGCUUGCCAUGUCUGGCAGAAGCUAUUUGAACUUCGAUGGACUGGCGAGCCACCACAGGUCAUGGCCAAGGUGAACGAAGCCCUGCGUGGAAUGUGGCAUGAAGUAGCUCUGGGAGAGACGGGAAGCUUGGUAGUCCAGAAUAUUUUCGAAAACUGCGUCGAGGAAGAGAAGCGACCAGCAAUUGAAGAAGUUUUGGGGAAAGUGGAUUUACUAUCCCAUGGCCAAUUCGGCAACUGGUGCAUUCAACAUGUUUGCGAACACGGUGCCCCCCAUGACAAAAGUCGUGCGAUUGAACACGUUCUUCACCAUGCGGUCGAAUAUAGUAUGGAUCAAUUUGCGUCAAAGAUAGUCGAGAAAUGCUUGAAAAUUGGAGGCUCGGAGUUUCUAGAUCGCUAUCUCUCUCGGGUUUGCACAGGUCGUGCAGACCGACCUCGGAUGCCUUUGAUCGACAUUGCCGGGGAUCAAUAUGGGAACUACUUGAUUCAGUGGAUUUUAAUGAACGCAGCGCCUCAUCAACGUGAACUCGUUGCUAGCCACAUCCGAAAGCACAUGGUCUCCCUUCGUGGUUCCAAGUUUGGUUCUCGCGUCGCCAUGCUCUGUUGCAACCCGUCCCAUGCCACGCGUCCUGGACCUGGGACUGGCAUUCAAAUGAGUCGAUUCAAUCAGUUCAAUGAGGACAGGUUUCCAUCCACCGGCCAAACUGGAAACCGGUUCAAUCGAGGAAACCAAUGGAAUGCCAACUAUGCGCCAUUCCGUUAA